UUAGUGGCACACAACAUGGUCAUGAUCAUGGAUGUUUUCCAGCUCCAAACACUCAUUUCAGGCAUUCUUGCCUUGUUAGUAGUAGUCUUGUUUUAUCAAUUUAAGAAAACAUUUGUUCCUAAUCCUAACACAAAGAUCUGUGCUGCACCUCAAGCAGGAGGAGCAUGGCCUGUUAUUGGCCAUUUACACCUCUUUGGGGGUCAUCAACUUAUACACAAAACACUUGGGAUGAUGGCUGACAAACAUGGACCAAUUUUCACAAUAAAACUUGGUUCAUACAAAGUUCUGGUUUUGAGUAACUGGGAGAUGGCCAAAGAGUGUUUUACUGUCCAUGACAAAGCAUUCUCCACCAGACCUUCUGUUGCAGCCUCAAAGCUAAUGACCUACAACUGUGCAAUGUUCGGCUUUGCUCCUCAUGGGCCUUACUGGCGUGAGAUGAGGAAGUUUACUACUAUUGAACUUCUCUCGAACCAAAGACUUGAACUACUCAACAACACAAGAAAAUUUGAGUUAGAGGCUGCAACAAGGAAGCUUUACAAGUUAUGGUCAAGAGAAGGUUGUCCAAAGGAAGGGGUUUUGGUAGAUAUGAAGCAGUGGUUUGCAGAUUUGACACAUAAUAUUGUUUUGAGAAUGGUGGGAGGGAAACCAUACUAUGGGGCUAGUGAGGAUCAUGCAGAAGGUGAAGAAGCAAGAAGGUAUAAGAAAGCUAUGAGAGACUUUAUGAGUUUGUUUGGGAUACCUGUGUUAUCCGAUGCAUUUCCUUUUCUGUGGUGGUUAGACAACAAUGGAUACAAAAAAGCUAUGAAGAGAACAGCUAGUGAAAUGGACAGUCUUGUUGCAGGGUGGCUAGAGGAACACAAAAGGAAAAGAGCUUUGAGUAUGGAUGGAAAGGAAGAACAGGAUGUCAUGGAUGUCAUGCUGAAUGGUAUGCACGAUCUCAAGGUUUCUGGUUAUGAUUCAGACACCGUCAUCAAGGCUACUUGCCUGAAUCUGAUUUUGGCAGGAGGCGACACCACCAUGGUGGCUCUAACAUGGACUCUUUCUCUGCUACUAAACAAUCAAACGGCACUUAAAAAAGCCCAAGAUGAGUUGGACACUCAUAUUGGGAAGAACAGGAAGGUGGAAGAAUCAGACAUCAAGAAGUUAGUUUACCUUCAAGCCAUUGUGAAGGAAACUAUGCGACUCUAUCCACCAAGUCCCAUUGUCACCCUUCGUGCAGCCAUGGAAGACUGCACUUUCUCAGGUGGCUAUCACAUUCCUGCUGGCACACAUUUAAUCGUUAAUACUUGGAAGAUCCAGAGGGAUGGUCGUGUUUGGUCUGAUCCUCAUCAUUUCAAGCCUGAAAGGUUCUUGACAACCCACAAAGAUGUUGAUGUGAGAGGUCAGAACUAUGAGCUUGUCCCUUUUGGUUCUGGAAGGAGAGCAUGCCCAGGAAUCUCACUGGCUCUGCGUAUGGUGCACUUGGCCGUGGCUAGACUGUUACAGUCUUUCAAUGUUGCUUCUCCUUCAAAUCAAAAUGUAGACAUGACAGAGAGCAUUGGACUUACCAAUUUAAAAGCAACCCCACUUGAUGUCCUUUUAACUCCACGUCUAGAUACCAAGCUUUAUGAGGACUAGAUUAAAUUAAACUAGUUUUCUCAAAAUAAGGAUAGGAAGUUUCUUGGUUG